AUGAAAAGCAGAACCCAUCAUGCAAAUAGGAGAGAAGUCCUAACCACAGACAGAACAUUUUAUCUUCUUUGAGAGACAUCUGAAUGUGUUGUUACUCUUUCUUUAGAAAUAAUUUUUCUUAGCAACGUGAGCUAAAGAUGGAGAGGAGAUGGCAAUUUCAGGUGCAUUAUUUGUUCAUCCUCACACACUUGAUCAAUGCCCAGUCUAACAUCAUCCUUCAGGAUGGGAAAACUGUCUAUGGUUUGCCUGGCAGCAAUGUGACUCUAUCAUGUAGCAUCCCAAAGGAAAAGGAUACGUAUGUAACACAAACACAGUGGACAAAGAUUCAGGAUGGUCUGCCGAGAAAGAUAGCUAUAUACCACCCCACCUAUGGACCAAAACACCAUGAAACGGCUUACAGCUACUCUGUGAGUUUCAGGAAGGAUGCCCACAAUUGCCUGGGCGGCCACAGUGAUAUUACAGCCAGCAACAUAGAAUGCAGUCAAUGGAUUCUGCAGCUGAAGAACGUGAGUCUGGAAAUGUCUGGCUUGUAUGAGUGCAACUUUGCUACAUUUCCAACUGGAACAAUCCGCUCUGAAAUCAAUCUUGUUGUUAAGAACAGUGUGAAACCAGAAAUCUCUAUUGGCCUCCAAGCAAGUUUCACAGGAGAGGCUAAUAUUACUUGUGUGGUAAGGAAGGCAUUUCCUAAGCCCGACCUUCAGUGGUACAUGGAUGGAGAGAUACUGAAGGACAAAUCCGGAGGACUAUCCAUACAAAAAGAAGAUGCAACGUUUGAGGGAGGUUUUUAUGAGAGGAGAUCACUGUUGACAAUACGAAGUACAACUUGGCCAUCCAUUUAUCAGGCUUUCAAAUGCAUGUCUGUGUAUCCUUUCCCUGGAAAUGACAUUUCAUCUGAAGAAAUAGUUUUCCCUUGUGGGUUUCAGACUACAUCUUUGCCACUCUCAGAAUCUGUUACUCAAGUUACUCCAGUCUCGGAUUCCCCCACACAAAGGCUUCAGACUACGACGAUGGAAGCUUCAAAAUCCAGUAGUCGGGUUAAUCCAGUUUUGGAUUCCCUCACAAAAAAGCCCGGGCUUUCGACUAAAAACCUGCAAGAUAACACCAUUACGAAGAUCUCCAGUUACUCCACAGUUCCACAAAGGAAUCUAUCCACCAGCAGAGAGACGGAAGCAACCACACUGACUGCACUUGAUCAUUCAUCCACUGGGAAGGACUGGUUUAAUAAUACAGGUGAUCUAUCCACCAGAAGAGUGACUGAAGAAACCCCACAGACUAGCCAUGAUAAUUUAUCCACAAUGAAGGGCCAGUUUAAAAGCAUAGGUACUGCAACUAGUCCAGGAAAGACUUCCUUCCCCUGGCCAGCAGUUGUAGCCGUUCUGCUUCUCUUAUGCACAUGCUUAUUCGUUUUGGGAGUCAGAAAAUGGUGCCAGUAUCAAAAAGAAAUUCUGAACAGACCGCCGUCUUUCAAGCCACCUCCCCCUCCAGUUAAAUACACCUCUAUGCAAGAAAUAGAGGGAACGUACUCAUCGUGCAAUGAACAGGAAAAUGGGCCUGAAGCUUCCGGGAUAAUGCGAGUCUUUAUCGUAUGAACCUCACAGGCAUACAGUGGCAGUGAGCCACAUGGGAAUUUAGACUGCUUAAACCUGCAUGGAUGCGAAGAGCACAUGGAUGAGAAGAGUAUACUUAUCCAGUUUAUAAAGAAGCUGGACACCCUGCAAGCAAAGUGAAGUGGACCCUAGCCAUUCACCAUCUUAGUUUCCCAGAGGCAACAGUACAUAUAAGUGAGCAUAUACACAUUGUGUCAUGGCUCUGUUGCAGGGAGUAGUGUCAAUAAGCGCUAAGCAUAUCAUCCAACCAUAUCUGCACUCCUUAAAUAUGUAGCAACGCCCCUGCCCUCUAACACGGCAUUACAUACAAAGAUGUACAUUUACCUAUUGCUUUCAUCAGGGGUGCUGAUCCUGUCCCGUCCCGUCCCGUCCCCCGGACUACAUUUCCCAUCAGCCCCAGCUGGCAUGGCUAGGGCAGUGGUUGGCGAAAGCUGCAAUAUAGCCUAACUACAUGGUCAGAAAAUAAUAUAAAUGUUGAGCAGCUUGUGGAGGAACCAUGAACUGGUUGCAUUGCAGGAAGUAAAGUAUAAAUCAGAGCUAAGUAUACCAUCUAGAUUCUAUAUCAUAUCCAUUCUACUUUGUUUGGAUUCAGUGCAUUGUAAAGGCAGCGUCUCUGAAAAGCGUAGCAUCAGAAUUUGAAUGAAAUCAUUGCCAGGUGAUUUCCAGGUCUCCUUAUCUCUAAGCUUGAAUUGUGAUUUUGGGGUGCCACUAAGAAAGGUGGGAGGGAAACAAAUGAAGGUUUGGCAGAUACAUAUUUAUUCUUCCUUCUUGUUUGUCCCAUGAUUUGGAAAAUGCCAUAAUUAUGCAAUCUGUAAGGCAUUUGAGAAUCAGGUUUUUAAUGUAGUUUUUGUGCAAUUUUAAAUUACCCUUGUAUUUUAAUUGUUCAUACACUGUCUUGUGUAUAUUUUUAAAGGCACUCUAGGGGGGGGGGGGACGGCUAAAAAUAAUAAUGUUGUAGUAACCACAUAGAACCAGAAGGUGGCUCUGUAGGCUUAAAUUUUGCAUAUAAAAUGUUUCCCAUAGAAUGGGGAUAACCCAGAAUAUAAACAGCUGCUAAAUCUGCUAAUAUCCAAUAUGUUUCAAAAUAAGUGAUUUAUGGAUAUAAACAGAGAUAAGUAGGCUGAGUAGGUGAUUUUUUUCUUUUUCUUUUUUUUUAAUGUACAAAUUUAAACCAAAGAUGAACAAUAUCCAUACCAGAAUUUGCCUCUGAUUGUUUCUGUCAACAGUAGCAAGACUUUUGUGAACUUCAUAUCUGAAAAGCUCUGAUACUAGGAUGCAAAUAAAAUA